GGGGAGGCCCAGCCCGCCAAGGACCUCGCCGCUGGGGCGGGCCAGCGGAGCGGAGCGCCUUGCCUUUUGGGGUACAGAGCCACAGAAGCAGCUGUGAACCUUCAUGGAGGCCCCGCUUCGUUCCAUAGACUACUCCUACUUAGGACCUGGGACCUAUGGCUGCAAGGAGAUCUGCUUCGGCAAGAAAAAGGUCAAGAAGGAGGGGCAGAAGGACAAGCUCGGGCCUGGCUCCUACAACUUCAAAGACUUCUUAGAACAGCUGCAGCGGAAACCGUGCAGCAACCGGGGGCUGCUCAGCUCCGGGGAGCUUCGCUUCCGAGGACUCAUCGGGAACUACUAUCCGGGCCCUGGAAAUUAUGGAGAGAAGGGCAACCCCUACACAAGGCUGGAGGAGAAGGCCUGGAACCGCUCUCACUCCGAGGGCCUCAUGUGCCGGAUGACCAACAAGCCGCACCCCUUGGGUCACGAGGGCAGCGGCCUGGCACCAUGCACCUACUCCUUCAAAAGUGGCAUCGAGGCAUUCGUGGAACGCGCCAUGGGCACCCGCGGCCCCUAUGACACUUUCUCCGGCGAUCGAAGCAAGCCCCAGCCUUACGGACAUUUCUCUGUGCAGAAAAAAAAGCCCAGUGAGCUGAUGAGUGUCAAGAGCUUCGUGGAAGAACUUAACUCUCCUUGCAAUAAGAAGCGUGGGGCGUUUUCCAAACUUUCCCGCAACCCAACAACCCCUUCAGAGAGGAUUUACUGGAGCACCCUCAGCCAGUGUCCCCGAAAACUAGCCACGUCUGGGCCCGGUAUGUGGCUUCCUCCAGAGAAGGAAUGCAAACGUGGCAACCAGCCGCCAUUCCUGCUGUCCUCCAAGCGGGCAAGCGGAAGGACCAACCAGAUGCUUAUGGGGAGUUGGAACCCCGUAGGUGUGGGCUACUACCUCAACACCUGGCUGCUGGAGACCAAGGACCAGCGGCAGCGAUACCGGUCCCUGUUCAUGGGCGGAGCCAAGCGCUAUCCCUCAAACCCGGCCCGGGACAAGUUCUUGCAGGAACGGAUCACACCUUUCACUAAGGGGAAGUGCCUUACAACUGUGGAUUAUAAUUCGGAUCCUACUCCUUGAAGCCACAUGUGAAGGACAGCCUGCGGUGACCAGAGGGCCCCAAGGACUGAGGACAAAUCUGGGGACCGGCGGGUGGAAGUGGGGAUGGAGGGUCUUGGAGAAAGGACCCGGGAAUGCCUGGGAGAGGGGAGAGAUGUGGUGAUGGGAUCACUUCUGUCGGAGACAUCUCCCUGGGGUCACAGUGUCUGCUGGGACAUCUGGAGCCAGGCAUCUUUCGAUAUGGGAGCUCAGUUAUCCUGAGAAUUCAAACUGGCCAGUGACGUGAACAUGGGAGCCAGACAGCAGAUGGACCGAAGGGGUGACGUACGGUGGACACUUUCGGGACCCCUUCUAUUCUAAAGCCCAAGUCCUCGACCCCCUGUUCAUUAAAAUCCAAGAGGCGGGGGAGUGUGGCAUGUGUCAUAAGGCAGCUCUAGGUCCCCAGCAGGAGUAUUCCGUCUCCAUCCAUGUUGUAGGUGAGGAAAUCGUCUUCACAGGGUUCACUUGCCAAAAUUUGUUAGAUCACAACCUGGUGACAAAGCCAGGACUGUAGCCCAGAGCUCCUGACAACCAGGUCUGGUGCCUUAAAAAAGGUACUCCACCCUCCCCCUGCCCUAGCCGGGUUUGCUCAGUGGUUGGAGCAUCAGCCGGGAAUUGAGCUUGCCAACUGGUGUACAUGCCCUUGACUGGAAUUGAAUCCACAACCCUUCAGUCCAUGGGCUGAGGGAGGUGACCCAUUGGUGUUUCUCUGUCUCUCCCCCUCCCUUCCACACUCUCUAAAAAUCAAUGGAAAAGCAUCCUUAGGUGAGGACAAAUAAAAAAAGAUAAAAAAGAGAAAGAACUCAUGGAUAUGGACAACAGUAUGGUGAUUGCAGGGAGGGAGAGGAAGGUGAGGUGAAAGACGGUAUGGGGGGAUGAAUGGUGAUGGA